AUGAGCACCACCACUCAAACAGAAGAGUCACAGACCCUCCGGUUCCAAGCUAAAGACCUUGUGGAAUUCGAUCCCAAUCGUGUAUAUGGAGACUGGCGUGAUGACUUCCACAAGGACGGUUGCGUACUGAUCAAGAACGUCAUUUCGAAAGAGCGCGCAGCCUACUAUGCCCAGAAACAGAUCGAUUGGCUGAAGAAAUUUGAGCUGGGUUUCGACGAGAAUGAUGAGAGCACGUGGACAGCUGACCAUCUCCCAGUCAGCUUCAAAGGCGGCAUGUACUUUGGCUACGGCUCUAACCAUGAAAAGAUGGCAUGGGAAGCCCGUAUGGAACCGAAAGUCGUUGAAAUAUUCGAAAAGCUCUGGGAAACCAACGAACUCAUCAGCUCUUUUGAUGGUAUGAACAUCAGCAUGCCUCGCCGAAAAGAUAUCGGAUGGUCACCUUGGCCUCAUUGCGAUCAGAACCCGGAACGCAAAGGAAUGCAAGCUGUUCAAGGCCUGCUCAACUACGCCCCGAAUGGGCCCAAAGACGGAGGCUUGAUGCUCAUGAGGGGUAGCGCAAAGCUAUUCAAUGAGUUCUUCGCGCAGAAGCGAGAAGGCUUCGACCAUGAAGAUGCACCACCUCCAGAGUUGAAAUACAUGGAUUUGUUCCUAUUCAGCCAGAAAGACGUCAAAUGGUUUGAGGAACGGGGAUGUGAGUUAUUCAAAGUGAACAUGGAGCCCGGUGACUUUGUGCUAUGGGAUUCACGAACCAUGCAUUACGCCGAGCAUCCUCAGGGAGAUCAGAUCCGACACGUCCAGUACAUCUGCAUGACCCCAAGACGGUUCGCGGGUGAAGAGGAUCUCAAGCUUAAGAAAGAAUGCUUCGACAACUGGGUCGGAACUACACACUGGCCUCACUGCAACAUCCGUCCUGCAUCUGAACCUCCUAUGAGAAAUGGCAAAGUCUGCCCCAAGAAUCGGAACGAACCAUUCGAGAAGCCGGAAAUUACAGAUAAACUCCUACAACUUGCAGGUGUAAAGGCAUACUAG